AUUAUUGUAUCACUUUAUAGAUUGUUAAAACAACAUUUGUCAGUUUGAAUAAAUUCUAACUAAUGUUGUAAAAAAAAAUACCCACAUUUCACUCUUUCAAAUUGUUAAAAUACAAUAAAUAAGAUAAUAGGUUAUUUCAGGAGCAAGAAAUUUAAUGAAUGAAGCUUCUGAUUUAAAAAAAAAAGACAAAUCUAGGAAGCUUAAGACUUAAGUUAAUGUCUCCCAGCAAGCAGAGUUUUGGUGCUUAAAAAUUCUUCUAUUUAAAAAAAAGACAAUUUCAUGUGUCAUUUGUUAAUUUAUGAACCCCAUUCAUAAGGAAAACGUUUCACAGAAAAAUAAGGCUGCGGAUUAGAUGUCACAAAAUAGAAAUCACAUUGAUACAAAAAUAUAAUAAACUGCAGCCUCCAAAAUGUUCGAUGAUGCAACUGUCAAUAUCAGGAAAUUAAGUUAAACCUGAAUGAGAGUUAAUACAGCUAUGAAGCACGGAAGAGAGUAAAAACCAACUCUGCUCCAUCAAUAUAGCUAAAACACCUACAGAAACUGCAUCACAUAAAGACAUACGUAAAAAAAUGCAGACAUGUGAACAAGACGUCCUAAAAUAUGCCAAUAUUUUCAAAGUGACUAGCGAGUUUGGAUACCCACAUUAUGAAGAUGUAAUUUUCAGAAAGUGUUGAGCAUCCAACCUUUGAAAGUUACACUAGUAUGUGAAGUUGGACACAAAAAUUGAGGCUCAAGGGCUCAGAUCAUAACUGAUGUAUGGAUUUUACACUAUAAUUUUGUUAAUUGCAACAUAUAUAGAUAUAACAUAUAGUAUGUGGGUAUAACAAGCUUUGAUGUGUUUAAGUCCAUCACAUUACGAAUCAUAUUAAAGUAAUCAAAUUGAGAGAUUUUUUUUUUUACUUUAAUAACAAUCUCAAACUGAAAAGGCAAUAAUCCAGACCUCAAACAGAAAAAAACACCCAAAGCAGCCCAGAAUCUCAAUGACAUAGCAAAACUAAAAUAAUUUUUGGUUAAGGAUAAUGUAAGUUAACAAGAACAUACCUGCAAAAUAAAAAGGACUACUUUAAAGUAAGCCACAGUGUGAAAAUUCAGAAAUAAGGGGUUUUUUUCCUCCAUAGAAAACAAAAAAAAUCCGAGUUUGAGAAUGCACUGCAAAAUUAUCCUUGAAAAUAAGUUAAUGGAAUGUUUAUUACCACAGCAGAUUUCUUAAAACUCAUUCCAACCAUGCAUCAGCAAACAGCAAUAAUUCCAAAUCUUCUCAUGACAUGUGAUUUACGUGUAAAAAAACCCAAAAGAAAACCCAACUAACCCUCCCCUACAUUUAUCUUACUGCUUCUGCAAUAAGAAUUUUAAAAUGCAAUAGCACAAAUGGAUCUUGUGUUUAUCAGAUUGAAUCCUUGGAAUUUUGAUAAUAGCAGUAAGAAAAUUUUGAUUCUCUGAACUGCAUCAGAAAAGUUAUUACAUAAGUUGGCAAAAAGAGGAACACAGUUUUCCUUCCGGUAUCAUCAAAAACUCCCUCAGAAUUCAGAUACCUGACAUAUAGGUACAGCAGUAUCAUACACAAGGUAUACUUCACUAUAUACAGACAUCACAGAAUAAUUAGAAAAUGUUAAUCUCGUUACUCAUGUAAUCUUUUGCUGUUAACACCACUUACCAUUAGAAUUACAAUAAAUAGUUUGCAUUUCUAAAAAAGAAAACUCAAAUAAUUAAAAAAAUAUUUAUUUAAUAGUAAGUGUGAAUACACCAUCAUGACAAUUAUUUGAAGCGGUGAUGAAGAGACAGAGGUUAAAAUGUAGGCCAGUUACUGUCCCAGGAAAAUGGUAAAAGGGAUAUGCAGAUAUUUGGAAGAAAACAUUAGAUGACCAGAGUUACAGAAAAACUGAUCAGCCCUGUUACAAUACCUUUAUUUUCAAUAGUUAAAAGUAAAUAUAUAAAGAAUUAUUAUCUUACUUCAUAUUUAUACUUUACAGUAUAAUACACAGGUUACAAUUUUAGUAGUUAGGACAUGAUAAACCAACAUAAGCAAUAAUAAGUAGAACAGAUGCUCAGUUGCCUGUUUAAGUAUUUUUAUUUAUAUUCACAGAGAAUGUGACAUAUUAACUUCUCUCUCACACAGAUAUUCAUAUACUAAGCUAAAGGGUGGUUGCAACAAGCCUUCUCACCACAUUAAGCACAAAGCAGCAAGGGCUAGGCAAGAUUCUAGUCUUCCAAAGGCUGGGCUUGUGGGCCUUGGAGACUUGCAUAUAAAACUCCACCUCUAAAGCCCCUUGGGUCGCUUUCACAGAAAUAUGGUUUAAUUUGAAAUGUUUAAAAGCUUACAGCAGUUGAAAGCUCCAAGUUCUCCGAUUACAAAAGACUUUUUUCCCGUCUAAUUUUUACAUCCUUUUAAUUCAAGAUGUGCUUUCUGAGGGGUAACAUUAAUCGUUGUGUUCACUUAGAAAUGACAGUUUUCCUUGUUUACAUCCAUUGCUGCUGAAUUUCAUUUUCAUUUUCUACAACUCUGUUAAUUUUUACGAGGCCCAAACUCGAUCUGAAAAGCAUAGCCACACGACAGAUCAUAAAGACCGAUCCUUAUUUAUCAUUUAUUUAAAUCUGAUAGAAAACACAGUAUUUAUUAGAGGUCAGUUUGACCACGGCCGAUUAUUAGCUUUGUUUUUAUGCCCGACUACAAGCAGUAAGUAACAAUAAACAAAUCUUCUCAUCUGACGUAUAAUCAUUACUUAAAGUUAAUGCAAGCUAAAUACACAAUUUAAAUUAUUUAAUCGCAAAUCCCACUUGCUACUGCACAAGAGUCUUUCAAGAACCUUCGCAUGUUAUCGAUCCACCCAUAAAUUACCUCCUGUUCAGCCAUAGGUUGCAAGUAUCACCAUCUUUCGCCGGUCCUCGUGUUCACGGCAUUCCUCCUCCUCUUGCAAAUAUUCCUAGAAGCCUGAAGAUUCAUUGACCCGGUGUCCAUGAUGCGCCAGCAGCAGGAAUAACUACUCCAAGGCGCAUUAAGUUUAUAAAAAAAAAAAAAAGCUGCUUCAGAUCCUUUCCCCCGGCUCCCAGCGAGGCGGUGCCAACGAAAGAUGCAGAGCGGUUUGCUCAGCUUUACAAACCGGGGCAUUAUUGUUUCCCAAAAAGCAAGACGAGCCAGCCCCGAGCAGGACGUUGCAGCGGGUCACGCCGGGCUGGCACUGCCCCGGCACAGAGACCCGGGCGCUGCAACUUACAGACAGACGCCACAUCCGCAGCCCCUUCGCCGCAGGGAGAGUGUCGGGGCAGCGGCGCCCGGUAGUCCGUGACCCCGGGGGGCUGCCGCGCCCGCCUCGCCUAGCGCGGCCGGGGCUGCCGCGGGGCAUUUUCGCUUCAUUUGCCGACUACGCUGACACUGGUAACUUCCAGCCCAGCCCGCUACGAGCCGCCGCCCCCUUCCUCCCCCCCGCGUACGUCGUAUCCCUCCGCUGCGGCCUCCUCGCCUCCCAGAGAAAGCGCCUUUCAGCCAAGCUCCCCGCCCACCCCGCCUCUGCCGCUCCGACAUCUUCUCGGCCGGCCUGCUCGUACCUGCGCCGCGCUCCCGCCUCUCUGGGCGUGUCAGCGGCGGGGGCCGCGGGGCAGGCCGCUGGGGAGCGGGUGUCGGGGCAGAGGGGGGGGGGGCGGCGCGCGCGCGCGCGCGGCGCGAGGGGCCGAGGGAGUGGGGGCGGAGGGGGCAGGGACUCUUUCCCCGGGCGGAGGGAUCGCGCUCGCUCGCGGUGGGUCGGCCGUGGCGGCAGCGGCGGCGUUGGCGGCGGCGGGCUGCUGCUGCCUGCGAGUUGUUGUUUCCUCCUCCCGGCCGCGGGUUGAAUGGUGGAGCCGAGACUCUUCCUGCCGAACGAACAGUGACAGCUACCGGGCGGGCGGACGCGUUCGCAGGGCCCCGCCGCCGCCGGGGAGCGCGGCCCGAGCGCCGCUCGCCAUGUCCGGGGACGGCGGCGGGCACAGCGCGGAGCUGCGAGCGGAGCUCUACUUCCUCAUCGCCCGCUUUCUGGAGGACGGACCCUGCCAGCAAGCGGCUCAGGUCCUGAUCCGAGAAGUGGCGGAGAAGGAGCUGCUGCCCAAGCGCACGGACUGGACGGGCAAGGAGCAUCCGCGGAGCUACGAGAACCUGGUGAAAUAUUAUAGACACUUGGCACCUGAUCACUUGCUGCAAAUAUGCCAUCGACUAGGACCACUUCUAGAGCAAGAAAUUCCUCAGAGUGUCCCUGGAGUGCAAACCUUAUUAGGAGCUGGAAGACAGUCUUUGCUUCGCACAAAUAAAAGUUGCAAACAUGUUGUGUGGAAGGGAUCUGCUCUUGCUGCAUUACAUUGUGGUAGGCCUCCAGAGUCACCAAUAAACUAUGGCAGCCCACCUAGUAUAGUGGACACCCUUUUUUCAAGAAAACUAAAUGGAAAAUACAGACUUGAACAACUUGUUCCAACUGCUGUGUAUCAACAUAUGAAAAUGCACAAACGAAUCCUAGGACACUUAUCUUCGGUAUACUGUGUAACUUUUGAUCGGACUGGCAGACGGAUAUUUACCGGUUCUGAUGAUUGCCUUGUAAAAAUCUGGGCAACAGAUGAUGGAAGGUUGUUGGCAACUUUAAGAGGACAUGCAGCUGAAAUAUCUGACAUGGCUGUGAACUAUGAGAACACCAUGAUUGCUGCAGGGAGCUGUGAUAAAAUGAUCAGAGUUUGGUGUCUUCGAACAUGUGCACCCUUAGCAGUUUUGCAGGGUCACAGUGCAUCCAUAACAUCACUACAGUUUUCUCCAUUGUGCAGUGGAUCAAAGAGAUAUCUGUCUUCAACCGGAGCAGAUGGAACAAUAUGUUUUUGGCUGUGGGAUGCUGGCACCCUUAAAAUAAAUCAGAGGCCAACAAAGUUUAUGGAACGUCCUCGCCCUGGAGUUCAAAUGAUCUGUUCUUCUUUUAGUGCUGGUGGAAUGUUUUUGGCCACUGGAAGUACAGAUCACAUCAUUAGGGUUUAUUUCUUUGGAUCAGGUCAGCCAGAGAAGAUAUCAGAGUUGGAGUUUCAUACUGACAAAGUUGACAGCAUUCAGUUUUCUAACACUAGUAACAGAUUUGUGAGUGGAAGCCGUGAUGGGACAGCACGCAUAUGGCAAUUUAAGCGAAGGGAGUGGAAGAGUAUUUUGUUAGAUAUGGCUACUCGUCCAACAGGACAAAAUGUACAAGGAGUAGAAGACAAAAUCACAAAACUGAAAGUAACUAUGGUGGCAUGGGACCGCCAUGACAAUUCUGUUAUAACUGCAGUUAAUAACAUGACUCUGAAGGUUUGGAAUUCUUUCACUGGCCAGCUUAUUCAUGUCCUUAUGGGACACGAGGAUGAAGUAUUUGUACUUGAGCCUCACCCAUUUGAUCCUAGAGUUCUCUUCUCUGCUGGCCAUGAUGGAAAUGUCAUAGUUUGGGAUUUGGCCAGAGGGGUCAAAAUUCGGUCUUACUUCAACAUGAUUGAAGGACAAGGACAUGGGGCAGUUUUUGACUGCAAGUGCUCUCCUGAUGGCCAGCAUUUUGCAUGUACAGACUCUCACGGGCACCUUCUCAUUUUUGGCUUUGGCUCCAGUAGCAAAUAUGAUAAGAUAGCAGAUCAGAUGUUCUUUCACAGUGAUUAUCGACCUCUUAUCCGAGAUGCCAACAACUUUGUCUUAGAUGAACAGACACAGCAGGCUCCACAUCUCAUGCCUCCCCCUUUUUUGGUUGAUGUUGAUGGCAACCCUCAUCCAUCAAGAUUCCAGAGAUUAGUUCCAGGUCGUGAGAACUGCAGGGAUGAGCAGCUUAUUCCACAGAUGGGGGUGACUUCCUCAGGACUGAACCAAGUACUGAGUCAACAAGCAAAUCAGGAAGUUAGUCCAUUGGACAGUAUGAUACAAAGACUUCAGCAAGAACAAGAUCAGAGACGUUCUGGGGAGGCAGGCACCAGCAAUCCUAGCCGGAUAGGAAGAAGCUCUGUAAGCUCUACCUCAGAAGUACAUUCACCACCAAAUAUAGGAUUAAGGCGCAGUGGACAAAUUGAGGGUGUGCGACAGAUGCAUAGCAACGCACCACGAAGUGAAAUAGCCACUGAGCGGGACCUCGUGGCUUGGAGUCGAAGGGUUGUGGUACCUGAGCUGUCACUGGGGGUAGCAAGUAGACAGGAGGAAUGGAGAACAGCAAAGGGAGAAGAAGAAAUAAAGAUUUAUAGAUCGGAAGAGAAAAGGAAGCACAUUACAAGUCAUGUUCCAAGAGAGAACAAAAUACCUUCUUUUUCUAAGAACCAUUCUCAUGAUCAUAUAUUAGAUACUGGAGACUCAAGAAAGCAACAGAUAAACCAGCACAAUUACCGUACCAGAUAUGCAUUGGAAGAAACUGCCAGGCCUGCUGAAGAGUUAGAAAAUGGAAACAGUUCUUCAGAUGAAGGAGAAGCCGUUGUUGCCAGUGGUGGAACAUCAGAAGAUGAAGAGAAAGCAUGGCACAGUGAUGGCAGCUCUAGUGAAUACUCCAGUGAUUACUCGGACUGGACCGCAGAUGCAGGAAUUAAUCUGCAGCCGCCAAAGAAAAUUCCUAAACUUAAAACCAAGAAAGCAGAGAGCAGUUCAGAGGAUGAAGAGGGGAUUGAAAAACAGAAACAGAAGCAAAUUAAAAAGGAAAGGAAAAAAGGGAAUGAAGAUAAAGAUGGACCGACAACAUCACCAAAGAAAAGGAAACCCAAAGAGAGAAAAAAAAAGAGGUUGGCUGUAGGAGUUUUGGCAGAAAAUGGCUUGACGUUGGAAGAAUGGCUGCCUUCAGCAUGGAUUACAGAUACUAUUCCUCGUCGGUGUCCGUUUGUGCCACAAAUGGGUGAUGAGGUUUACUAUUUCCGACAAGGUCAUGAAGCGUAUAUUGUAAUGGCUAAAAAGAAUAAAAUAUAUAGCAUUAAUCCAAAAAAACAGCCGUGGCAUAAAAUGGAACUACGGGAACAAGAGCUGAUGAAAAUAGUUGGGAUUAAAUAUGAAGUGGGAUUGCCUACUCUCUGCUGUCUUAAACUUGCUUUUCUUGACCCAGAUACUGGUAAAUUGACUGGAGGAUCAUUCACCAUGAAGUACCAUGAUAUGCCAGAUGUUAUAGAUUUCCUAGUCUUGCGGCAGCAGUUUGAUGAUGCAAAACAUAGACGAUGGAAUAUAGGUGAUCGUUUCAGGUCAGUAAUAGAUGAUGCCUGGUGGUUUGGAACAAUUGAAAGCCAGGAACCUCUACAGCCUGAAUAUCCUGACAGUUUAUUUCAGUGCUACAAUGUCUGCUGGGAUAAUGGUGACACUGAGAAGAUGAGUCCUUGGGAUAUGGAGCUCAUACCAAAUAAUGCUGUGUUUCCUGAAGAGCUGGGAACUAGUGUUCCUUUAACUGAUGUUGAAUGCCGAACAUUGAUCUACAAACCUCUGGAUGGAGAAUGGGGUUCCAGAACCCGAGAUGAGGAAUGUGACAGAAUUAUUGCAGGGAUAAACCAGCUCAUGACUCUAGAUAUUGCUUCUGCAUUUGUGGCACCUGUGGAUCUCCAAGCUUAUCCAAUGUAUUGCACUGUUGUGGCAUAUCCCACAGAUCUCAGUACCAUUAAACAAAGACUGGAAAGCAGAUUUUACAGGCGGCUUUCUUCACUUAUGUGGGAAGUUCGGUACAUAGAACAUAAUACACGCACGUUCAAUGAACCAGGAAGCCCUAUUGUUAAAUCUGCCAAAUUCGUUACAGAUCUUCUGCUACACUUCAUAAAAGACCAGGCUUGCUAUGAUAUAAUUCCAUUAUAUAAUACAAUGAAGAAGAAAGUCUUGUCUGACUCUGAUGAGGAAGAAGAGAAAGAUACAAAUGUGCCAGGGACGUCCACUAGAAAAAGGAAGGAUCAUCAACCCAAGCGGAGGCUGCGCAACAGAGCACAGUCAUAUGAUGUUCAGGCAUGGAAGAGACAAUGCCAGGAGUUGUUAAAUCUUAUUUUUCAGUGUGAGGACUCUGAACCUUUUCGCCAACCAGUGGAUCUCCUUGAAUAUCCAGAUUACAGAGAUAUUAUUGACACACCAAUGGAUUUUGCUACAGUUAGAGAAACUCUGGAAGCCGGCAAUUAUGAGUCUCCAAUGGAAUUAUGUAAAGAUGUCAGACUUAUUUUCAGCAACUCUAAAGCUUACACACCAAGCAAAAGAUCACGGAUUUACAGCAUGAGUUUGCGCCUUUCUGCUUUCUUUGAGGAACAUAUAAGUUCCGUUCUAUCAGAUUAUAAAUCUGCUCUGCGCUUUCAUAAAAGAAACACAAUAAAGAAACGAAGGAGGAAAAGAAGAAGAAGCAGUUCUGUUUCCAGUAGUGCUGCAUCAAGCCCUGAAAGGAAGAGAAGGUUAAUAAAACCUCAGUUGAAGGCAGAAACCCCUGGUGCCUCCUCAUCUUCAGUUCCUGUACGUUCAACAACACUGAGACACAUUGCUGCUCAGAUGAAUGGAAAAGUAGCUGAAUCUUCCUCUUUGGUGCGGACCAGAAGUAAUAGGGGGAUAACAGAUACAGCUGUUACAGAACAACCAUCCACUUCUUCAGGAGGAAAACCUUCAAUUACAAAACCCAAUACUACUACAGUGUCAGGGAAAACAAUACUGGAGAAUUCCACCAAACAUUCCAAGAACCAGAAUAUUCUAUCCAUUCCUAGCCAAUCCAGUUACAGCCACAACACUAGGAAUAACUCUUCAAGAGAAAAUGUGGAGAAAGAUAAACAAAUUAAACGUAAAAUGAAAUCAUCCACUAUUAAUCAGCAAGACUGCAAAAAUAAUGCUUUGGCAUCAGGAAGCAUUCAGAUAAAUGGACAUGGAGGGCAACCUUCAAAACUUCCAGUUAAAAGAGGGCCUGUGCGGAAACUGAAGAUAGAGGCUAAUAGCAGUACAUGUGAAGUGGUGCACAAGAAAAGAGGUAGAAAACCAAAAAAGUUACAAAUUGCUGAACAGAUGAAUGCAGAGCAGAAUUCAGUCCAGACCACCAGGGACAUGGUAAUAGAAGAACCCUCAGUUUCUAGUGCAUGCAAUUCUCUUUCUGAAAAUAAUGUGAAGGAAACUGUAUUACAAAAAAAAGGCCGUGGAGGCAGAAAGCCAAAAAGAAAGACACAGACAAGUCAACCAGACUCAGACCUUCUAGUCCCUGCAAAUGUUAAGAUGCAGACAAGAAGCAGAAGGAAAAAAAUGGAUGAACCUGUAGAAGAAGAAGGAUCUGAGGAACUGAAAGAUUCUGAACCUCACAUGAGAACUAGAAACCAGGGUAGGAGGACAGCCUUUUACAAUGAAGAUGACUCUGAAGAAGAGCAAAGGCAGCUAUUGUUUGAAGACACCUCUUUAACUUUUGGAACGUCUAGCAGAGGCAGAGUCCGAAAGUUGACUGAAAAAGCAAAGGCUAAUUUGAUUGGUUGGUAACUGUUACCAAACAUAUUCCUUAGAAUGCUAUGAAGCAGGUACAGUUAAGGAGUGAGCAGAACAAAGACUUCUGCUCCCCUGCUGCUAUUAUGGAUUAGAAGAAUAUGUUGUGAUUUGAAAAAAUGAGCAAAAAAGAAAACUAAGAGAACACUUCUUUGAAAGAAAUAUAUAUUUUAAACUUUUGCUAUUUAUUGCCCUCCAGAUAGGUUAUGCAUUUCAACAGUCAUUUUGGUCAUAGUUAAGAAUAAUUGAAGACCUGUAAAUAAGCAAUUACUGACAUUUUAAAAGUGAGAACUCUUGAGCAGUGCAGAGUAUUUCUGUGAUUAAACAAAGUGAUAGAACUUUUAAUGCCACAAACUGAGAACAGAAGUCUAUUUUUGACCAAGCAAGGUACAUUUUUAUUGAUUGCAGAAGUCAUGUCUCCCAGGAAGGCAGAUAUUGGCAAAGAGUGGCAGUAAAUUAAGGAUUACGUUUCCAUUAAGGACAAAUGCAAAAUUACCAAAUUUUGCUAAUCUGAAAAUGUUUAAUUUGAGUAGUGAUGGAACAUUCAACUGCAAAAGAAGCCUAGCACAGGCUGUUGGUUUAUCCAAGUUCUGCCAAACAGAGAAAAUGUAAUCACAAUAUAUAAAUAUAUAUAUAUAUAUAUAUAUAUAAUAUAUCCACAUUGGAAAAAGUUUGACUAAUAUGUCUAAUUUUUCAGACCUUGAUUCUUGUAUCAAUCACUAAAUCUCUGUUUAUUGUGCCAAAGACUGAGAAUCAGUGCAGUGGAAAGCCUUUUUUUCUUUUCUCUCUCUCUCUCUCUCUUUUUUUUUUUUUUUUUUUUUGAGUGUCAGUACUGCAAACACUUUUCAAAAACAAAGAAGACUGUGUAUCAUUCUAUAUAGCAAGUUGUUAUAAAUUGUGCUGAGAUGUAUCCUCUUUUGGUACUUAAAUAGAAAACAGGAAUGCACUGGUGGGAUCCUUUGACAGAUAUGUUUUAGACAAAAUUUAUAAUUGGUUAAAGGAUUCAAGGAAAUUACAGGAAAAAGUAUGGGCUUAUGAUGUUUACUUUCUGAUCUGAGUUGAUGGUUUUCUACAACUUCUGAUAUGUUUAGUAAACUAAAAAUGACUUACAAAGAAGUGUGUAUGUGUAGAUUGAUAUAUACACAAACACAUACAUAUACAAUAUUACCCAGGUAUAGAUUCUCUUUUUCAGGUUUUUUUAGAUAGCACUAGAAUUAAAAAAAGAAAAGAAAGAAAAAGAAAAGAAAAAAGUAAAUUUUAAAUGUCAUACUUUAUAGUUUAAUUUUAAGGGGAAGAUUGGUUAUUUUCAAUUAUUAAAGGUUAAAAAAGGCCAAAUCACUUUUUAUGCAAUCAUGUUUUAUACAAUGGUCUCAUUGCACAUUGUGUUUUUUCUGCACUUUUUACGGUAUACUUAUCACUCUGACAUAAGUCAAUAUACACCCUAAAGAAAAAUUACAUUUAAUGAUUGUGCCUUGUAUUCUAUUAUUUCUUGCAUCCUUAGUAAAAUUAAGUUGUCUAUUGUAAAUGAUAACUAUAUGACUUAGGGGAAUGUAUUACUAUAUAUACUGCUGUGGAAAAGAAAAGCAGUUAUUUAUUUGUUUAUGGUACAUUUAGUUAUUUUAUACCUUAAAAAUAAACUUUAAUACCAUUUUCUAUUGCUUAAAAGGUAUUGUCCAGUUUAAAAAAAGUAUAGAAAUAGUAGUAUUUUCUGAGAUCUGGUAUGGUACAAAAAUGUAACCAAAAAUUUCAGAUACAUUAUUUUGGGGUAGCACAAGACAGUGUGUCAUGACCCUGAUUUAGAAGAAUAAAAAUUGAAAAUUAAAUAUUAAAAAGUAAAGCCUAGUGCUGAAAACCCUUACUCAUACAAGAAGUCUUCAUUUACAAGACAAGUCUGAUGGACUUGAGUGCAACUGCUGAAGAAAGAAUUUGCAGGAUUUAGGACCUUUAAACUUGCACAGAUUCUCUUUAUUCAUUCUGAGCCAAAUCCUAAACUCAUUAUUCUGUUACAACAAAGUCUGUUUAAGAAAUUCCUGAGCAAGAAAAACAGUAGAUGGCCCAAGAAGAGUAGAUAUUAGCUAUCAUUUACCUAUUAUGGAUAAAAACUAGUAACCCAUGUACUUGACAUUUUUAGUAUUGAUUUAUGUAACUAUAUUCAUUAUACGUCUUUAUAUGAAAUUAAGUAAACUAUUUUCCGGAGCCUGACUUGAUUACUCUGACUCUGAGUUUGGGGGGCAUGGAUUUGAUUAAUUUGAUUUUCAUCUGUUUAUUUAUUUUUUCUAACAAAUGUUUCUUUACUAUUAAAAUACAGUUGCUAAACAUAUGGUAAGGAGGAAAUUAUGGUUGUACAGUGAAAAAUAGUGUAUUUCACAGUUCAAAACUAAUUCAUUUUAGUGUGAGACUUGACAGUUAAUUUUAAGGAUCUCAUUGGUGAUUAAGGCAAUCAGUUUCAAAUGUGUAAUUUCCUGAUGUUAUCUGCAUUGUAAUAUAAAAAAUAGAGUAUAUCUAAAAUUCAACUUCUGUAUUUACACUAUUUGUAAUGUUUUAUAUGGCAUGAUUAUGUAUAUAUUUAUACACAGAAAAUACUGUAUGUAAUGUUGGAGAAUGGAAUAGCACACAUUCCCAUUACAUUAUAUGAAAACUGUACACCUUAAAACCACAAGAAUAGAAGGCCUUAUCUGCAAAACAUAGAUACAUUGUUCCCUUUCUAUAGAGAUCUGUGACAUUAAGCUACAGGGGUUUUUUUUAAUUGACAUUUAGAAAUAUUGACAUUGUUUCCUUUUUAAAUAGAUUGUGAAUGAUUUGGGUCAGUUUUUUUAAUAGACACAACACUUUAAAAAUUAUGAGAAGUAAUAUCAGAUUUAUUAAAAUAUAUAUUUUUAUAAUUUAGCUUCUUUAGGUUGUAAAAGUUUAUUUAUGAGAAUUAAUACCAUACAUUCAUGCUGUAUGUCCUUUUUUUGUUUGGAAGAAUGUAUUUGAGAUAUUUGCAACAUAUUGUACCAACAAAGAAAAAGAGCUUUUGAUAACUAAGUCUGAAGGUAUUAAAUGUGAGCAAUAAGCUGAGGUUCAGCAACCUGAAAGAAUUUCAAAACUAUAGUUAUGUGCAUGUAAUGGAUAAUGUUAUCUCAAGUAUCUAACAAAUAAUUCAAAAAUGGAAUAUUGAAAUAAUGUGUGUUUGUUUCACAUAUAGAUUGUAAAUAUUAUAUAAAUGUGUUUUAUUGAUAUACAAUCACACUAAUCUUACAAGUCUGGCAGCAAUGAACACAACUUUAUUCAAAUCCAUUGAUAUUUGACUUUUGAUAUGGGGAUAUUCAAUUGUUUUCUCUGUUGGUUGUCGUUAAAGUCAAUAUUUACCAACAAUUACCACUGAGUGGUAUUAAAACCACAGUAUUUUCUAUCUUUAGAUUAGGAAAUAGCUGCUGUUUCUCAGAUACCAUUAUAUUCGAAAUGUUUACUUUAACAGCAGUCACUGUACCUUUGCCUGAAUACUGAACAAGUAUUUAUCCUGUUUGUUUCCAUUGAUAUUUUAUUAUCCAAGAAUUGAACUUGAAGAACUUCAUUACAAUAUUGUUCCGCAUUUUGUCAUUAUUCAGCUAAGGUUCUUGUCAUUGUGCUAUAACCAGUGAUCACAACUGUACAGAAAAUGUCUCUUGUGAUUAGACUGCUGUGAUAUAUACUUGCAUACAUUUAUUUAGUGUUUCAGAUUGUUGUUAGACUUGUAAGAUUAAGUGGGUUGAAUUUAAUAUUGCUAUUUUAUAUUUGUAAAAUAUUGAUAAAAGGACCCUCAUGCAGCAUGUCAGAUGUAUUAACAUCUAUAAAAAUAAACUAUCACCUUUACGUUGUGUAGCAGAUAGCUUAUGGGCUGUAUUGCUGUACCCAGUAUUUUUCAAGUAUCAACGCUGGGCGCCUGGUCCAGAGCCUUUUGCCAUAUAUUAAAAUAUUAUGCAGACUAAAUCAGUACAUCUAUUUGACAACUGGAAGUUUGAUACAAUUUGUACAUCACACUAUUAAAUCUCUCUUGCUCACAUUUACUUUUAGGCCCUGAUCCAGCAAACACUUCCGCACAUGUUAAACUGUUUGCGACUCCUAUAGAAGUUACACAUACUUAACUGAAUGAGCGCUGUAGGCCUCAUAUACAGUAGACUCUUUUUAGCCUAUCUUUAAUGAUUCUGUGAACUCACUUUGAGCAUGACUCUAGCUAAAGUUUUUUGACAUAUUGCUGUAUUUUAUCCUAAUUCCCGAUCUUGUUCUUGCACACUUUAACUGUGUUCCACACUAGCUGGUCAAACUGUUCUUUUCAGCUAAACACUGCUUCUCUCUUUAAAAGGAGUUUAAAUGCAAUUCUGUUACACUGGUGAAAGCUGAAAGGAGAGAGGGCCUUAACCUCACCUGGAGACAACAAAAGCUCAUUUUCUCUGUUGCCUUUUACUACCUAAUGAAGGCAAAAAUGUUAACUGUAAAAUUAUUUGAUAAUAUAUUUUGUCUAUUUUCCCCAAAGUUCUUGCAGCUGAUUAGUUUCCAGGGACACCUAGGUAUUGAACUGAUAAAAGGGCUGUUACUUUUCUGCUGUACAUUAUUGUAUAGAAAUGUGUUUGUUUAUAUGCAGAAACAGUGUAUUAAAUUUCAUAUAAAUUGGCCAAGUCUGAAAAUUUAUUUCUGAUAGCAAAUCCAACACUCUUGUUGUUUUAACUUUACAUAAUUUCAUAGUUUUUAGACAGGAACGGGGCUCUUACUUUCUGGUAUAUUUGGGGGGAAAUUUGGGUAGCUUUUAAAUUGAAAUUAACCUCUACAUGUCUCACCUGUUUGUACUAACUAGUAUGGGAACCAUUUUUGCUAUUUAUUUUAACAGUAUAUUUGAGCGGAAAAACUACUUAAAGGUUAGCUUUUUAUAAUUUGUUUUAUUUAAAAAGAAUACCACAGAAGAGGGUUAAACUUCUUGUUCUGAAGACUACAACAGCAUCAAGGCACUCCAGAGAAUCUAUGCGGCAAUAAGAUAAAGAUAAAUUUUAGGAAUUAGCUGUGACAGGCUAUUUGGGGGAAAUUAUCAGGGGGAAGGGAGACAGUAGGUCUUUGGAACUUUUUAAAUGCAGAUAAAUACAUCAAGAAAUUUGCUUAAUGUGAUAUAAACAAUACAUUGUCAGAGUGGAGGUAAUAUUUUACUAUGACUUUCUACACUAAAAAAAAAAAAGAAUAAGCUCCUACAAACUGGGAGUAGAAAGGAAUAUUAUCCUAUCAGCACCUACUAUGUACACAUGCACAUAAGGCACACCUACUAUUUUGUACGUGAAGUGCAUGUUGAUUUACAGAUAUAGUGAGAAAAAAUGCAAAGUUACAUUUUUGGACCAUAUUAAAACUGCAAAACCAUCUUGUUAAAAGAUCUUGAAUGAAUUAUUUAUACCCUGUCAUUUAUAACGUUUAGACGUGUAGAAUGUAGCUCAAUUUUAAGGAAGUGACCUAGAAGGGUUAAUUUUGAAACUGACACAUUUUCAGAUUAAAAAUUAUAAUGCUUAUUUUGUACAGAAUUAUGUAAAACACAAAUCUGGUGUAUGUAAUGAAUAACAAACAGUUUGAAAACAAUAAUUCUUUAGCUUUAUCAAGGUCUUUUUCUUCCAGAAAUCUGGAUUAUCAUGUUAUAACCUGCAGUAUCACACCAGGAUAAACAGUGCCCUUUCUUUUUGUACAUAUUGAUUGGAACUUUCUUUACUGUUAUGUGGACACUUUCUAUGUUAGUUUUGAUGCAUAAUACUUUGAAUCCUUUUAUACAAACUAGAAUGUAUGUGUAAGAAUUACUGUCACUGCAAUGUAGUAACUACAAACUUAUUUUUAAAUAAAUAGAAAACUUGUUUUUCUAA